AUGACGCGGUCAUCAUCGAAGAGAGGAGAUCCAGACGACCCCGAGAUGUUCCGGGGUUUGUUUCGCGCGGGACAUGAGAGCCUGCUUGAGUAUAAACCCGAGGUCCUACUCACCAUCUGCAAUGCGGAUUUCGUCACGGAUUCGGUCACCAUGGUGCAGCUAUUCAAUGUCGCCGGCGAUGUAUACCGCCAAAUGCCGCGUCCCACCACCGCGUUGCAUCUGAAUCUUUUUGUCCACGUCGUCCACGGCAAGGUAUUCAUGAAGGCUUCGGGCCCAAGAUGCGGUCGCUUUCGGACAGAGGCCACGGGCCACUCCGUUCCGCCUCGGUUCGGUUUGUGCGACAGGAUGAAGGAGAUGAACGCGCAGUGCUUCAAGCGAGUGACAGCAUACAAAUUACGCACUGCAGGAGAGAGUGUGAUACCCCCGUACACCAUCGUCAUCCAGGACGAUAACCUGAUGGAGGCAAUGAAGUCAGAGGAGCAGCUUGACUGCGUGGCUCUUCGGAGCUGCCGACACCACGGAGCCACCAUCAACCACGCUGUCCAAAUCGUCGUUCAGGACAACCAUGGGUCUCUUAGUAACCCCAGUGAGGCUGCAAUCUGUCUCAGCCGAUUCGGGGCUGACUUGAGCAAGGGUUUCUGGGAGUCGUCCGCUGCCCAGGUUUACCCUGGGGCCUUGAUAUCCUGGAGACAAAAGCAAUCGGGGGAGCUUUGGAGCCUGGCAAAUCUCCUGCAGUGGAUCCAAACCAAGGCGAAACGCCAUGCUUCGGCCCACGGGAGUGAUACCCGAUUCACAGUUCAAGUCAAGGCUACCUCGUGUGAGCAGGAUGGCGAACUUCUCGUGCCUAUAUAUAGCCUCGUCACCGAGGCGGUGUCUACGGAUGAGAGACUCGUCUCCGAGAAGGACGUCGACACCCUCUCCCGCUGGAUGACUGAACCGGGCUUCCGAUAUCGACCGGACGAAUCCCCCCCACCAUAUGCCCCAGUAGCAUAUCCCCCACCACCAUAUGCGAACUAG